AUGUCUGAGCAGCCCAAGGAAGAGAAGACGGACAGCACUCACAUCAACUUGAAGGUCAGUGACGGCACUGCCGAGAUCUUCUUCAAGAUCAAGAAGACCACCCCCAUGAAGAGAUUGAUGGAGGCCUUCUGCAAGAGACAAGGUAAGUCGAUAGAAUCUUUGAGAUUCUUGAUUGACGGAACCCGUGAUCUUGACUUGGAGGAUGGCGAUGUCAUCGAGGCUCAUCGUGAACAGUCUUGGACCGGCUGCGGUUCCCACGUUUCCAACGUCAUGGACACCUCUUCCAGAGAGGACUGGUGCACCUGUGAGCCUAUCGACGACUCCUCUGACCUGCUGUACCCACCCAGAGCAGGCACUGGUUUCGCCAAGGCCUCGCCACCAAAAUAG